GAGUGAGCGACCCUGAGGAGUGGAAGGACCCGGAUGCUACUCAACCAUGCUUGUUGUGUUUUUUUUUUCUUCGAGAAACAACAGAAGCUAAUGCAGUUUAAAUUCUCGCUGUUUGGGAUUAUUUCUGGAUAUUAAAGUUUGUUUAACGCAUUAAACAGAAAUGUCGUGUUUUGCCGGAGACCAAAACUUCUGUCCAGAGUGUGGGAACAUCCUUCCUCUCCCCGGAGUGCAGGACGUGGUCCGAUGCCCUCGCUGCUCCUUCUCCAUCCCUGUAGCAGAGUUUUCCGGGCAGGAGAUCCGCUCCACCGUGGUCUUUAACCCCGUGGAGCAGUCGACCAUGUCUCUGGAGGGCGAGGACGACUCUGAGCUGAAGGGAGCUGUGAUCGACAGGCGCUGCUCUCGCUGUAACAAAGAGGGGAUGAUUUAUCACACCAGGCAGAUGAGAUCAGCGGAUGAGGGACAGACGGUCUUCUUCACCUGUAAACACUGCAGGUAUCAAGAGAAGGAGGACUCCUGAGAAGACGUCCAACUCGCCAUCUCUCUUUGUUUUUUUUUUUUGGCACUCUUCAAUCUGUGAAAAGUUAAAAAUAAAUCUGAUGUUUGAUCUCUGGAGACAAAAAGGUUUUUGGAUCUUGGUCCCGAAGAAUAUCUGUUCCUGUGAGCGUCACAUUUUGAACGAGUUGUAAGAACAUAUAGUUUUUAUUGUCACUGCUUUUUGUGAGACGGCUCAUGAUGCUAAAUUAAAUGUACCACACAAAGAACUAGAAAAAGAAAAUACGCUGAACAAACAGCCGAUCAGUAGCUCCCGCAGCAGCUGAAACAGGAGUGAUGCGGUUUCUUUCUUUUUUUGAGUUUUGGAGAGAAGUCCGGCUGCUGCAUUUUUGGACGAACUGUAAAGUGAACUGUGUCGAUGAAGACGUGAGUACAAAGAGUUACAGGAGUCAAAACGAGAGGAAAUAAAAACAUGCAUGG